UGCUGGGGCUGGCGGGAAAGGCGGGAAGGGAGCGAGAGCAGCGCGAGCGCCGGCGCGGGACUCCCAACGGCUCCAACGGUCGCUGCAGUGAGGAGCGCGAGCCACACACACAGCUCAUUGGUCGGGCGAUGCGAGAGCAUGGUGGCCGCGCUGAUUGGCUGGAAGCCCCUGAGGCAGCCCCGAGGUCGAUUGGUCAUGAGCCGCGUCAAUCACCGAGGAGGCUUCGCGGCUCUACCGCCUCUCUUGUCAGAUUUCUUCCGCACUAAAGACCAUCCAGAAUGGCCCGUACCAAGCAGACCGCUCGUAAAUCCACUGGUGGGAAAGCCCCCCGGAAGCAACUGGCCACCAAAGCAGCCAGGAAAAGUGCGCCCUCCACUGGGGGAGUGAAGAAACCUCAUCGUUACAGGCCUGGCACUGUGGCCCUUCGAGAGAUCCGGAGGUACCAGAAAUCCACUGAGCUGCUGAUUCGCAAACUCCCGUUCCAGCGUCUGGUCCGUGAAAUCGCUCAGGACUUCAAGACGGAUCUGCGGUUCCAGAGUGCGGCCAUCGGAGCCCUGCAGGAAGCCAGUGAGGCUUAUCUCGUGGGUCUCUUUGAAGACACCAACUUGUGUGCAAUCCACGCCAAAAGAGUCACCAUCAUGCCAAAAGACAUCCAGCUGGCACGUCGUAUCCGCGGCGAGCGGGCUUAACUCAUUGGCGGCCGAUAUCCGCUCACACAGUGUAUUAGAGUAGACUCUAGGUUUGUUUGUUUUUUUCCUACUCCUGUUUGUAGUGGCUAGGACACGGGGAGAUGUUAUAACCUAUCUUAGUAGGAUAUAAGCGAUCAGGAGAGUUGAAUCAGUUUGUUCAUAAUGUACAAGCAAAAAAACAAAUUGAGAAAUUUACAAGACUUGGAUUUUUUUUGUUUUGUUUUUGUAAACUUUUUUUCAGAAUUGCAAAAAAAAUAUAAAACAAGGGGGAAACAUUUUUGAAAUAUCUGGUUUUAUACACAAAACUUAAGUAGAUUUAGGCAUAACAUAAGGAGCUUUUGGUCUUCGGUUUGUAAAAAGAUAUCUGCAAAAGAUCACGCUACACUAUAUUUUUCAUUAUUUGAUUUCUUUUUUUCCUUUGUAUUUAGAAUGGGCAUGAUAUUUAAACUUGUUUUCUUAUUUCCAUCUGUCUCGUGAAAUGUGACUUGGACCUUUGUAACUAUCAGGUUUCUUCACCCUGUGGUGGGAACAAAAAAAAGAAAUAAAUGUUGAACAAUAA